CACGGUGUGAUGUGCGUACGGCCUCGAUCCUAGUGCGGCGCAAUAAUGGUAAUGGCGAGGCGUUCGUCUCCAUCCCCGCAACGCCACAAUCGCUUCCACCCUACGCCUCUUGCUUACGUCGCCAUCGCCCGAAAUUAACGUGCCACCAGCCGCACCUCGUCGUCUUCGUCCCCUCCCACUGUUCUUCCACUCCCCACUUCCCCUCCUCCUCACCACCGAAUCCCCAUAUCCACAGUCCGGCUACCACCCCUCCUCCAUGGCCGCCGCCGACUACCUAGACGACGACGAGUUCGACGACUACAACCCCCACCCCUACAGCGGCGGCUACGACAUCUCCGCCACCUACGGCUCCCCUCUCCCGCAUUCCCCUGCCACGUGCUAUCCCGUCUCCACUCCCGCUGCAGUCCCCGCCCCUACCGCUCCGCAGCCAUCUUCGCUUCCUCAGCCACCUGCGCCUGCUCCGCCGCGCCAGUCUCCGCCUGCGCAGCCGCGCUCGAGUUCGCCGCCACAGUCCCCGCCGCCCGUGGCGGAGCCGUACUACUGGCCCGAGCCGUACAACUACGGGGAUGCGCCACGGGACCAGCCCAUGUACGCCGCGCCGGAGGUGUUCCGGGGGUGGCCGUACUUUUCGGGGGCGCAGUGCCACUCCACAUGCGGGCGCGACUACUGGAGGCACUGCAUGCGGGGGCUCGAUUACCUCUUCGGCCACUCCGAUGGGUACGGGGAGCGGCGGAUUGGUGUGGACUACCACGGGAUCCCGGUGUACGCCAACAAGAAGGGAGGCGUCGAGGACGCCGUGGUCGUCGAGGUGGCGCCGCCUGCCACUGGGACUGUGGAGUGCCACGACGCCGGCGAGAAGCAGUAUGAGAGCAAUCGGUUUUCUUGGUACAGUAAUACUGAUGAAGACAAUUAUGCAUAUCCACAGCCAAAUUACACUUCAUAUGAUCGGCCUUAUGAACAAUCCUACAGUCUUCAUGGUGCUUCGGAUGAACCUACAUGGUUUCCUAAUCAGAGCUACCAGGAGGUCUACAAAGAGGAAGAUUCUCAGUAUCAGGAGUUUUUGUCUUAUGAUGCAGACAAUAAGAUUUCAUCUCAACCUAUCUUUAGCUACAAUCAGCAUCUUAGUGAACAACAGCUACAUAUUCAUGUUGAGCCUCCAGAAACAGCUUCUUCUUACAAGUUGGAGUACUAUGAGAACUUCUCAACAUACGCUGACCAAAAUGAUGCCGAUAAUUUGGAGAGUUCGAGGCUGUCAUACGAGAUACAGCCCUAUGUGCACAUACCUUAUGAUCAACUCGAACCUUAUAGGCCUUCUUGGCCUCUGAAUUUGGGAUAUUAUCAGGCCUGCACAGAACGGGUGUCUCCUGAAUAUGAUGAUCGUACACAGGCAUCUGGUGAAUGCUGGGACAUGUCAAGCUUAUUUCUGUCUCCGUUCUAUCCUCAAGAAACACAAAUAUAUGAGCAGUCUCAUGGUGAUGAAAUUGUCUGAAUUGGCAGAGCAACUGGAAUGUGCUUUCCGAAUAUGGUCAUCUGAUAACUAAAUCGGGUGAUGAUUCAAACCAUACGAAUGGCUUCUUCUGGCCCUUUGGAGAGUACUAAACCUAUAGUCCUAUACUGUAUUGUCGAUAUUGUUGUAAUGUCACUUCAGGUUCAGUUGUAUUCACAUUUGAUUUAAAUUUACUUGGCCAAGUGUAAAUUAAUAAAAUCUUUAUUUGUAAUGUAUUAUGUUCCAAGUAUAUAUAGGUUAUGUAUAAAUGCAAGAUCAAUUACUGCAUUGCUGACCAGAUAUCCAUAUUCUUAUACUGAUUUUCAAUUUGUCUAAA